CUUUCCCCUUAAGAAAUAAAGAAUUUCCCAUAUGAAGAAAAGUUAAUUUGGUUUCGCAAAUAAAUCUAAAAUCUAAAAAUACAUUGGUCAGAAGGAUUUGAUUCUAUUUUAGUUGAUAGUAGCAACAUACUUUAAAGUUCUUUAGAUUGCUUUGAAAUAAUAAACUUCCAUAAAGAAGUAAAAAUAAUUUUCUAAAAUGACAAAGUUUAAGAUGCCGGAGGUUUAUUAAGAGAAUGGAUAUAUAUAAUUUAAAAACAAUUAUUUGGCAAAACAAACGAAAAGCCUUUUAUUUUAGCAGAUACAGAAGAUACAACUUAUAAAAUAAACCCGAAAAUAAAUCCUAAUGAUGAUAAAAUAUUUAAAUUAUUUGGAAAAGUACUAGCGAAAUCUAUAAUGGAAAAAAUUCCUUUGGAAUGCUAAUUAGACCAAAUAACAAUAAAAUAAAUUUUAAAUAAAAGAAUUACUAUAUAUGAUUUAUAUUCUCAUGAUUAAAAUCUUUAUAGAUCUUUCCUUUAUUUAAAAAAUAAUACACUUUCAGAAAAUUAAUAUAUAGGAGAAUUCGUAUAUGAGUAGUAAGAGUUAAUACAAAACGGAAAAAAUAUACAAAUUACCGAAUAAAAUAAAAACUUUUAUAUGGAAAAAGUUCUCAAAUAUAUAUCAUAAAAAAGAAUAAAGCCAUUUAUAUAAGCAAUUAAAUAAUCUUUUUAUGAAGUUAUUCCUUAGAAUAUAAUUGAAGUUUUUGAAAAUAAUGAAUUUAUGAUGAUAGUUUAUGGGCUUCCCUUUAUAAGCUUGAAAGAUUGGAAAGAAAAUACAAUUUAUAAAAAUGGAUAUAAUGUUAAUCAUCCUUUAAUUAUAUCAUUUUGGAAAAUUUUAAGUAAAAUUAAUUAAUUUUAAUUAGCUAAAUUUCUGCAUUUUUGUACUGGAUCAUAAAAAAUUGGAAUAGAUGGAUUUAAAAAUCUAGAAUCUAAUAGAGGAAAUAUAUCGAAAUUUUGUAUUGAAUAAGUGAAAUUUGAUAUGAAAAAUCCUUAUUUGAAAGCACACACAUGCUUUAAUAGAUUGGAAUUGCCAUU